AUUAUGGCAGCAGAUGACCUUUGGAAAAAAAAAGGUCCUGGCCGCAGCAAUAGUGGUGGUAUUCAUGGCAGGAUUAGUCAAACUGUGGUGGUUGAGUAGAUUCCUCAAAAAGCAUACAGUACUUGACUUAGAAAAGAGGACGAGACAACUGGAGAUGCAGAAGAGUGGCCUUCCCGUAGGCAAGCGAGUGGACAUUCCCUUCGGUGUGCGCGCAAUCCAAAGUGGUAUACAAGUCGACGGUAUUUGGAUCUCGCGACCCAGCUCUCCGGUCGAGAUCGGUCGAAUUAGUCCGUCGUUUGCCUCAUCCUCUACCCUCGAACCCGAAAGUAGAUCGAAAGGAAAAGGGAAAGAAAGGGAGGUGCCCGUACAACUUAAAACGACGGUCAUUGAUGUUGAACAAACACCCGAACAAAGCCCACAGCCGAGUCCCGCAAUCAGUUUGACAGAUCGGUAUAUUCCAACCGGCGCAGAGCCAUCUCACGUCAGAGCCCACCCGUACAAGACACGGCAGACCUAUAGACCCAGGGGGCCGUCAGGCCGUCAGAUGGAGACUACCCUCAACGACACAAUGGAUGCUGACACAUCGAGCCACUCUGAACAUGAUAUAUCUGGGGAUCAGCAAGUCGAAACAUAUAUCCCCACCAAUUCGUUCUCAUUUUCCAGCGUUGAGUCGUCGGUAUCUUCGCAACAAAGGACGAUGGUAGAGCGCAGCUCAACAUCGUCAGAUGAAGGUGCUCGUCGUUCGAAUAUGCGUUACGUGUCCAAUCUCCGACGUACCACCCUUCCCACGCCUCGAACAUUAAACCCCCUGGAAGACCAAGAUCCCUCGGCACCCCACGUGGACUAUUUUAGCAUGUAUUCCGAGCAGAUGAGGAAUCCGUUCGAAACACCCUCUUCCAGCGAGAUGCCUUCAGUUUCUCGACCCCCGCUCGCUGCGAAUAGGCCAAUACCCCAUCGGUCCUACUCUGGCGAUUCCUUUGCGAAUACAACAUCUAGGAAAGUCAACGCAGGAUUUGAAAUAUUGCCUGCUGGUACCUUCAGCCGACCCAGCAGCCAAAUCGACAUGGAAGAGACUCAUUCAAGAAGGAAUAGUAACAAGAUCCAGAAAAAGAAUCGUGAUCGAUCGUCAAAGGGACAAUCCAUGACGAGGUGACAAAGCGUGAUAGGUAUGGGGUGUAACACAUAAAGGAGGUCACGAUAACACUGUACGACCGUUACUCAACGUUGUGUUGUUACUUGCCUCGGCUGUGUAUCAACCACACUGUUGAGCGAUGUAGAUAACAUCUUGUUCCAAACAUUGGGUAACCGCAUCAAGGUGAAAGGGGGGACCAUAUGCAUUCAUCGGCGUUCAUACACAAAGGAAGGAAUACCGGAAGGGGUAAGGGGAAUCUUGGAGAAGAAUUAAUGGCGGAAAAUCUUGUGCAUACGGGACUGGACAUUGAGAAAGAGUAGACUUAACUGCUUGCGCUAAAAACAUCGUGAUACUCAUUUAUAGCUAAUAAAAGCGUUUGAUUGUUGAGGGAGCGCAAAUCUAUGUUUACCUACCUCACCUAUCUACCGACCUGGUAGUAGACUAUGAUAGUUUGACAAGGGAAAAAGGGGAAAAGGGGGAAAAGGAAAAAAGGGAGGACAGAUUUCGCUAAGUGAAGACAAGAUUAGGUUUUCCCCUUCACCCACUUUUCCAUACCUCCGCAUUCCGAUGAUUCCGUUGAUCGUCACUGUUGACUGACUGGGCUAUCGAGGUAUGUAUUUGUGAAUUUCGGUUGGUUUACAACAACAAACAAGGAGGUAGGGUAUCUCAUGAAAUAUGUGAAGAGACGACAGGACGACGUCUGAUUUAAACUACCUACAUUUAUUACAC